AUGGCUAUUAAACCAACCAAAAGUUUUCAGAAUUGUCUAGAAGCUGAAGUGCCUGGUUAUAACGACUGUCCGACAGUUUUGUUUUCUAUCGACCCUAAUAGCGGACCUAGAUCCAAAUCUAAACAAAGAACGAAAUCGAAAAGAUGUGUUAGCGGCAGACUUGCCACAGAAGUGUUAGAUCUUUAUGGGAACACUAAAACAGCUACUACGCCGCCACCAGUUUUGAGGAGGCCAUCUGUAACUGCUGCUCAACAAGAAUCUGCCUGUGAAGGUGUGCUCGUAAAAGACCAAGGCGAUAGACAGCUCCAGCCGAUAUUAUGCAGUAAAGAAGAAUUAGUGGCUAAGAUCAACGACCUCUGUGUGUGUGGCUCGAAGCUCUCUUCGAAGGAGUUGGAAUUUUACAAGAAAAAAUUAGAUUCAAACAUUACCAAGAUUUUACAAAACGAGCACACCAAAACAGUACUAUCCCAGAUUUUCAAUGAAAAAGACAAAAAUAUGGCCGUGAAAACCAUUAAACAUUGGAUGGUUACUGACACAACAAUCUCAAAUUGGUGUCCCGCAUUCUUAAAAAUUUUUGAAAAUGCGAUGCCUAAUUAA